UCAUAAGUUUUGAGGUAACUUUGAAGUAACCAAGUGGAGAUGAAAAGUAGGCAGUGGGAUAUAGGGAUCUGGAAUUUAGAGAAGAGAUCUGUUAAUAUCUAUAUGGCCUUUUCUUGUUAUUUUUGAGGACUUAAAUAUGCCAGGCGCUGUAUUAGGUUCCGGGGAUGUAAAGAUCAGCGACUAUCAUCUCUUCUACAAGAUGAGUAACAGCCACCCUCUUCGCCCCUUUACUGCAGUGGGGGAAAUUGAUCAUGUGCACAUUUUGUCUGAACAUAUUGGUGCCUUGUUGAUUGGAGAAGAAUAUGGCGACGUCACAUUUGUUGUGGAAAAGAAACGUUUUCCUGCCCACAGGGUAAUUUUAGCAGCGAGGUGCCAAUAUUUUCGAGCAUUACUGUAUGGUGGAAUGCGAGAAUCUCAGCCUGAAGCAGAAAUCCCUCUCCAAGACACCACUGCAGAAGCAUUUACAAUGCUGCUUAAAUACAUCUACACUGGGCGGGCGACGCUGACAGAUGAGAAGGAGGAGGUGCUGCUGGACUUUUUGAGCCUGGCUCAUAAAUAUGGCUUUCCAGAGCUGGAGGAUUCUACCUCUGAGUAUCUCUGCACCAUACUUAACAUUCAGAACGUCUGUAUGACUUUUGAUGUUGCCAGUCUCUACUCACUUCCCAAGUUAACUUGCAUGUGCUGCAUGUUUAUGGACAGAAAUGCUCAGGAGGUGCUCUCAAGUGAAGGCUUCCUCUCCCUUUCUAAGACAGCACUUUUAAACAUCGUAUUAAGAGAUUCAUUUGCAGCUCCCGAAAAAGAUAUUUUCCUAGCCUUGUUAAACUGGUGUAAGCACAAUUCGAAGGAGAAUCAUGCUGAAAUCAUGCAGGCUGUGCGUUUACCUCUGAUGAGCCUCACUGAACUUCUGAAUGUUGUGAGGCCUUCGGGACUGUUGUCUCCUGAUGCCAUUCUGGACGCUAUUAAGGUUCGAUCAGAGAGCCGGGAUAUGGACCUCAAUUACAGAGGCAUGCUCAUACCAGAAGAAAACAUUGCAACUAUGAAGUAUGGAGCCCAGGUUGUGAAAGGGGAGCUGAAGUCUGCCUUAUUAGAUGGAGAUACUCAGAAUUAUGAUUUGGAUCAUGGGUUUUCUAGGCACCCAAUUGAUGAUGACUGCCGCUCUGGCAUUGAGAUUAAGCUCGGUCAGCCAUCCAUUAUCAAUCACAUACGGAUACUCCUGUGGGACCGGGAUAGCCGGUCUUAUUCAUACUUUAUUGAAGUGUCCAUGGAUGAACUUGAUUGGAUCAGAGUGAUAGAUCAUUCGCAAUAUCUGUGUCGUUCUUGGCAAAAGUUAUAUUUUCCAGCCCGUGUCUGCAGGUAUAUUCGAAUAGUUGGGACUCACAACACAGUGAACAAGAUUUUUCACAUUGUGGCUUUUGAAUGUAUGUUUACAAACAAAACCUUCACUCUCGAGAAGGGCCUGAUUGUUCCCAUGGAGAAUGUUGCAACAAUUGCUGAUUGUGCCAGUGUGAUUGAAGGAGUCAGUCGGAGCCGAAAUGCCUUGCUGAAUGGGGACACCAAGAAUUAUGAUUGGGAUUCUGGCUAUACAUGUCAUCAGUUAGGAAGUGGUGCGAUUGUGGUUCAACUAGCACAGCCAUACAUGAUCGGGUCAAUACGGUUAUUGCUUUGGGACUGUGACGAUCGAAGCUAUAGCUACUACGUUGAGGUUUCCACCAACCAGCAGCAGUGGACCAUGGUAGCCGACAGAACUAAAGUCUCCUGCAAGUCCUGGCAGUCAGUAACUUUUGAAAGACAGCCUGCCUCCUUCAUCCGCAUCGUUGGAACACACAACACAGCAAAUGAGGUGUUCCACUGCGUCCACUUUGAGUGUCCGGAGCAGCAGAGCAACCAGAAGGAGGAAAACAGCGAGGAGUCGCGGACAGGGGGCAGCAGCCUGACUGGUCAGCAGCUCGACCCCCACGCCCUGCAGGCCCCCAGCGGCAGCUCACUGCCCUCCAGUCCAGGCUCCAACUCACGCUCACCCGGCCGGCAGCACCAAUAAAGGAGGCGCAGAUGUGGAGGCAAGAUCCAGUGUCCCCCCAGGCAGGGAUCUUUACUGACUGCCCUCCCCCCUCCCAGGGAGUAGCAGACCUGGCUGCAGAAGCAGACACAGAACAGGUUUUCUCCCAAGGACAGAAAGGGGCUGUGUUGUUUUUCUCAAUUUGUUCACAUCAGGCUGGUCUCCAGGGGAAGAAAAUGGUCUUCAGUCUUCAUCAAGCCCGCCAGUAACACCCUACCUCUCUAAUCUAAGCCAGGCAAGGGAACAGAAGGAAGGAAUAGACAGGUCCAUGUUGGAAUACAAAACGGCAUGUGAACACUCAAAGGGAAGAGCAUCUACUCGGCCUCCAUUACCUGGAGGCAGCCUUGAGGAAGUGGGUUUCGUAGAGUGUUGACUGUUAUGGAACACAUUAGCCUGGCAACUAAAUGAUGUUUUAUUUCUUUUAGUUAUUCUACAUUUGCUGAAUCAUAGGUGUUCUAGAUCUUUUUGAAAUGCUCAAACAGCAAAUCACUUGUUUUAAUCCCUUUUGACUCUCUAAUUUUCCUUCCCUAGUUUGGAACAGUUAAGCAUGGGGUACAGCUGAGAAAUAACUGUGCGCAUUUCCUCAGUGAGGCACAGAUGCGGCUCGGCACAGCACCUGGAUGACGAGGAGAACCCUUUGAGGAAGUUCAACAAAAUACCCAAUGAGCAAAUCAACCCACGGACACGAGUUAAUCAUCACUCGAAUUGCUGAGUUAUUAACCUGUCACUCCUGCAAGGUAUCCAGCCUUUAAGCUUGGGAGGCUGACAAGGAAAUAGUUAUUAUGCCACCUGCUAAUUGAACAUUCAGAAUUACAUGUAUAUAAAUCUCUACCAGCUGUAGGUCGGGCUGAGCCUGCUGGGAACAGCCACAGGUUGGCCGAGCGAUCAGUGUCGGGACACAACCCUGAGCCUGUGCCGCACGGUGCGGCUGAUCGGUGGCUGCUGUUUCCCCCAGACCACAGCACUCCACCGAGGAGGGAAAACAAGCGGUUCUAAGAAGCUGUUCUCCUCAUCCUCCUCAAAACAAUCUCCUCUGACUCUUAUAGCUGGGUCUGGCUCUGCUGUGUCCCUGACUAAGUCAUUUCCAUUCCAGUGCUAACUACCUUUGUAACUUUAUCAGAUUCUUGCCUGGCUUUGCUUAUCUCCAGAGUUUUCUGUUGGCUGUUGGUGGCUGUCGCAAUCAGCUCCACAUGAGGCUCCGGGGCUGAGCCGCACCGCGCCCCUGGGUCGUCCAGACGCAGACUCGGGUCCCCUGCAUGCCCUGUGACCCCGCUUAGAAGGAGCAGUGGGGCUUAUGGGGGGUGGGGUUUCUUUCUGGUCCUUUCUGGUGUCUUAAAGACACAUUGGUUGUGGGUGUACAAAAAGCCAAUGGGUCAACUAACUAAAUGUUUUCUCCUCGUAUAACUUAGUUUGAGUGACUUUUCAAUAUUGGAGUAAUAGAGUAGCAUCAAACUGCAUGAUUAAAUGGGAAGGUUGUCUUCCUCUCUGCACACAGGCCAGGGAGGAGAUAGUCCUGGGGAGGAGAAGCCCCUGGGCCAGCCUUCUCCCCACGCCCCGGGGGGGCCAAGAGUCUCCCUCUGCCUCUCAGCUCUCCUCUCUGUCCAUUUCCCCAUUGUGUGGGGUCAGCGGAACCCCCGAGGGGUGCCAGGCAGUUCACAGUGGGAGGGAGCUCCGGUAACAAAUGGCAGGGCCGCCAGCUCACGGUGAGUGGCCGCUCUCUGUGGCUUGGCCGCUGCCUCCGUCAGCAUCCAGCCCGAAGUUGCCAAUUAGCAUCGAGAAUUUCUGUCCACUCAGCACCUCCUUCAACAGUGACUCACUGCCCGAUGGGGAACAAAAAGAGCCAGAUAAGUCAGAGCAAGGGCAGAGUUCAAAUGUUUUGAAAGUUUUGUGUAGUCAAGGGCUUCUAUUUAAAACUUUGGGGUCACCUGUCCGAAGAGGAGACCCCAGGCUUGGAGGCCGGCACUGCUGACCUGGGGAAGUAGGGGGUAGGCUGGGGAAGGAUCUGGAAGAGUUGACCCAACCCUCUAUCUCUAGACCUUUUGGUUCCUCUGCCCCAGGCAGCACACAUCGCCAUUCCAGGCACAGGUAACUAAGUGCCGGCCUGGCAGCUCAGCUUCAGGUGGCUUGCUUCCUCCCAUCUCCUGUGAAUUCCUGAUUUGGGGAGCCAGAGGGCUCUUUCUGUAUGCCUGGCUGGGCCAGUGCCUUCUGGAGGGGGCGUGGAGACCCCAGUUGAGUGCAUCACACCAGACAGGCCCAGGACAAGACCUGGAUCUCCAGGGAAUGAGGGAUGAGUGGGCAGCCGAGAACAUCAGGUGACUGAUGUUCUCCAGAGCCCUGGCUGGUCCCGAGGAGGACUUUUCCCCUGGAGCCCCCUGGACCAAAAUGGCCCCCAAACUUGAAGAGACUAAGGGAGCUAAAUGGGAGUGCAGAUGAUAAGAUGGGCUGGUGUGCAGCUGGACGGAUUCCCAGUCACCCAGGGUCUUCAGCCCAGCAGAGGGUGGAGGCUGGUUCUGCUGGGAGCUGUGGGUGUGACGAAGGAGACUCGGCCAAAGCCAGAGGUGGGGCAGGGGCAGGUGAGGGACUUUGGCUCCCCUACCCCACUAAGGAUGCAGCCCAUGUGGUGUCUGGUUUGAGGGGGGUCAGGUGAGGCCAGACCCUUGGCGGAGACAGACAGGGGUGCUUCAUUGUGAUGGUUCUUAAUUACAAACUGUGAAAUGACACUUUUGUAACCACCACCCAGGUCAAGAAAUAGAACACUGCAGAAACCCCUGCCAUUCAUUUUAGAUCAUGUUUUUUGGGAGAGUAAAAAGCAAACUUCAUUGGGGCUUUUGGGGAAAGCCUUCAAAGUCACCUUCUGGCAGCUCCUGGGAGGGUCGGUUGGGCUGGCACUGAGCACGCCAGGUGGGGCGUGUGCCCUGUAGGGGGUGUGCCAUGAGGGGCAUGUGCCAUGAGGGGCUGGCGCCCCGUCAAGGCAGUGUUAAAGGCGGGCGUUGCUGCUGAGCACUUUAGACUCAAAACAGGUGUAAUAAUAUAACACACACACACUUGUUUUCCCAUAUUCUCAGUGCUUUUUCUAUUUUUCUUCUGAUUUUAGUUAGAACCAUGAGCCCAUGAUAGAUGUGGGACUCUUCUCAAUUGCUCUUUAAAUUGUCACUUUUUUAAUCUUAUUAAAUGAAGUGUCGAUUCCUGACAAAUACAUUAAAAGUGUUUUAUUCCUAGAAGAGUUGGGAAAAGAAAUUAUUUUCAGCAAGAGUGGGAUGUGUUUGUUUGUUAGACUGAUUCCUUGGCAAAAAAAAAAAAGUUUUUCAAUUGUGCAAAAAAUUGCUCAGUAGUUAUGCUGUCGCCCCAAUUGUCAAACCGCUGUGCAGACAGCGCCAACCCAGUCAACUUCAGCUUUUUUUUUUCAAUUUAGAAGAUAACAAAACUGUAAUCACUUACUCUUUCUAGAGACUCAGGGAAAAAAGGCAGGUAUAACCUGUGAUAACAAGCCUCAUGUGUGCCAAGGCCACUUGCUCAUAAAGAGAGGGGGCGUUCCCCAUUGCGGGCUUCAAUUCAGAACCUCCCUUUGGACAGAGAAGAAAGUGUCAAAAGAGGAAAAGAAAAUUAGUCUCCUUCCAGGAGUUUUUUUCCUCAUUCAUGUUUGCGUUUCAGUGUUGUCAUUUUAAUCCUGCCGUCUGUGCGGGUGACCAGUUCCUCUGGAUGCUGCCUGGCUGGCAGCGGGGAGCAGGCCCGGUAGGGCGCCGUCAGUGGUGGUGGCUUCAGUGGUCAUGGCUGCAGUGGGCACAGGCCAUGCUCUGUUUGUUUUUGCAGCUGCAGCUAUCAAUUCUGCGUGUUUGUCUUGACAACAGCUCCAGCAGGAGUUCAGUGCUCAUUAGUGGCCCUAGGAAUUUAAAAUGCAGUUCACGGUUCUGUAUCGCCCUGGUUUUUAUUAUUAUAAUAUUAAAUUAGAAGUUGUCCUGGUGCCUGGUGUCUGCUCAGGAGUUUCUGGAAGAGGGGAAGGGGCUGGUUUAGACAGCAUGCAGGGCAACUAGGCUGUGCCCGUUUCUCCUCCUCAAAGUUGGCCCGGUCAUCCCUGGUUACUGGCCAGGGUUCUGAGGACCCUUCUUUAUGCAGAGAAUGAAUGGAAAAGGUGGCAAGAAGGGUUUUGUUGGGAGGGUAGACCGACUUCCGAUACGCCCCGGCCUGGCCCAUGGUGGGGCUGUGGGCGGAGAGCGAGGACGUGUGAUUCUGCUGGUUUCCAUCAGACUGGCAGAGGGGCCAUGGCUUCCUCCCGGGCCCAGGGUCCCACCUCUCCAACUGUGGGGAGCUCCUCUGGUGCACGCUCCCCCACCAGACACACGCCUCAAGGCAAGGCUUUCUGCUGGACUGAUGCGGGCUGGUACCCGCCCCCAUUGCAGGGGUUGGGGGCAGGUACACAGAAGAGCCCCCACACACACCUUGUUUGAAAAUCACUGUUCUCUCUUUAAAUUACUCAUUAAAAAAUAUAUUAAAGUAAUAAUGCUCAUGGAGUAAUUUUCCAACCUAGCAGAGGGGGUGCGAGUGCCCUCUCUCUCGUCUCGUUUGGCUCCUGACCUAGACCUGUCGUGCGCGUCCUCUGUGACUGACUCAUCAAGAUGGGCGGCAGUGCGCCCCAUCCCCUGCCCCAUCCCACCAGCGCCCGGCCUCUCCUGCUGGAGCCAGACUCUGAAAGGGGCCCUUCCACCCCAUCGGGUUAGUUUCUUGUUUUUUUAAAGAACUGAACUAUUCCCCCAGAGGCCUCAUGGCCUGAAGACUCACAAUCAUCCACCUGUAAUUUAUGAAAAGUGUCUUCAGCAUUUACCAUUUGCAUCCAGAGUAUUUAUAGCCCUGAGCCAGGGAGGGCGAGGAGGAGGCGGCCCCGAGCCACACACCUGUCUCCACUAUUGUCUCCUGCUCCGCUGUCACUGUGGCUGGGGCGGCUGAGGCGGCUGAAGAAUGACACCUUUGAGAGCCAGCAGACAGUCGCUCCGUCCCACCUAGAGGCGGAAAGCCCGGAAGCAGAGGCCCUGGGCCCCGGCACAGAGCAGGCAGCACUAACCUGAGUGGAAGGCAUGGAAGGAAGUGGGUAGGAGGGUCUGCAAGGCCUUCAGGGUGGGGAUCUGGGCCCAGGGGCCUGGGUUUCCAUGAACACCCUGGGAUCACUGGCGACAUUGACUAUUACAAUCCAUCUGUCACCAAAUAGCCGCCUCCUGCCUUGUGAACCCCGGGGGUUUGGGCCUGGGAAGGUGAGCGCUCCUGAGCAGAGGUGGGGUAGACUGGACCAGUCUUGUCCAAGUCGCCAUGCCCGUCCCUGGGGGAAGAUGGCCUCCACUUUUCCACACUGGGUGCAGGGGGCAGGCUGGUCCUUCCCAUGGCUGCUUCUCGCCCUGGGUUCCCAGGUUUGUUCCCAGUACACGUCUCCUUCCACCUGGGGCCUGACAGUGGGGCAGUGCCCCAGCCCAGCUUCUACAGUUGUUCCCAGAGACCUGCCCCAGACCUGGCAUGGUCUUGCUGGGCCCCCAGUCAGCGGCUCCCAGGGUUGAUGGGACAGGGUGCUGACGGUGAGCUCUGAGAAGCUUAUAGGAGAGGACAGCAGGGAGCACAGAGCCAGCUGACCAGGGCCAGGCCUGCUCAGGCCUCAGAGAACCAAGGAACAGGCAGAGCAACCCAGGACCUUGGGGCCUGGCCUCUCCCAGCCUCCCUCUGGCAGAGGGCAGCUCCAGUUCUCAGAACAACUCCCUUCCAGAAGUGAUCGGAGAGGCAGUGCCCACUCUGAGGAACAGUCAGGAAUCUCCCCAUCAGGCUCUCCCCAGCACUGAGGUCCCAAGGCCAUCCUGCCCCCUAGCACCUGGAAAAGCCAGAGGAGAGUGAGGCCUCAGGCUCAGCCUCUGGAUGGGUGGGGGAAUGGUGACAGCCUCAGGGUUGUCAUGGGGCUUGGUACAUGAGCUACUCUUACCAAACUUGCGUAUAUCCUGAAUUCACCAGAGAAUGUCACCCUCCUCUAUCUUGGGGGUUUCUGGGCCUGCAAACGUUGGUGGGUGCCAUCCCCACUCCCCUCGCCGGGCCUCUGGGUGUAGGAGAGUGGGGGCUGUGCUGGGCCAGAGGGUUGGGAAUGGCUCUUCCAAGCCAUUGGUAAAAGACUCUGUCCAAAACGCUACAGAAGCCCAAAGGGCAGUGUUGCUGUUUGGAAUAUGUAUUAAUUUGUGGGCAGGAUGCAGCUGCUUCCUCAUUUUGCAGAGCAACCGAAGUGAGCCAAUAUACAAAUUGUGUGUGUUAGAAAUAACCCCUAAGUUGGUGUCUGUGAGACUGCUGCUGUGGGUUUCCUUUUAGAAAUAAAGUGAUGACAUCUCAUGCCUGUGUUCCU